CUCCCCAGCCCUGUGCUUAGCUUGGCUCUUUCCUCUCCUGCGUCGCUUUCCUUUGCCCCACCAUCCCGACCCCCCGUCUGCAAUGCUGCCACACUGGCAGCUCCAAAUUCUCAAAAUACGACUGUAAACUUACAUUUUAUAUUUGGGGUUUCCAACUCUUUCUUUUUUUUUCUCCUUGGAGAAGUUCCACCUGUGGAUUACAUGGAGCUAGAAACAGGACUGUGAUCACCAAUGGGAAUGGAGUAAUUUACUAAAAAUACGUUUUUUAUGUUACUGACGAAGUGGAAGCUGAUUGGAUUUACACUGAAGCUGUGAUUUUUUUGUCACUUCUGCAUGAGGAGGCUUUGCCCCCAACUCAAAGGAUUACACCUGAAAUAGUCUCCAUAUCAUCAUGGCUGAAGGAAGCAAACCGGCCUCCUCCACUCCAGCCAGUGGGUCUGGUGGAGCAGUGGCGCCACAGACGAACUCUCUCAAGUCUAAAGGUCUGGGCCUCCUCAGGAAGGUGAAAGUGUCUGUGGAGCUGCUGAUCGCACUGGCCGCUCUGCUGUCCUGGGUGGUUGUAGGGGUGGUGAUGUUUGAUUUCGUGGAAUACAAGACUGUCCCAGACAUUCAGCAAAUCAUUACGGACCCUAUGCAAGCUGUGAACGACGCUGUAGAUGAAGUAUCCAGUCUGCUCAACAAGUUUCAAGAAUGUGCACCUGAUUUAAGUGACCCCGCAUCUACUGCCGCUUAUGUAGCUGAAGAAAUAUCGGAAGCAAAAGAUGGAUUCGUUCGACAUUUUUCAGAUGAGGAUGGAAACUUCUACCUCAGCUACGUCGACCCUGUGGUCAUCGGACGACGAGCUUUCCAUUCAACCAACGACUUCAUGGGUGGAAUGGUGGGCAACGUCAGGGACUCACUGUGUGCUUUUGUGGACACUUUAUUAGAUAUUAUAUCGGGUAAAUCUAAAGGAAAAAUUGACCUUGGCUACAUUGACCCUGUGGUCACAGGCAGAGGCGUCUUCAGUGUUAUUAAUGAGUUCAUAUGUGGAGUGGAGGGCUACAUCAAGAAAGUGCUCUGUGCCGUUUGGGACACUAUUCUGGACGUGGUGAAAGGAACCACUGACAUCAGCUUCAUGGAUCCUGUGUCAGUUGGCAGAAAUGUCUUCAGCGCGACUAACGACACUUUGAGUGGAAUAGCGACCUACAUCCAGGACGUACUCUGUUCUAUCAUAGACAGUACACUGGAUAUUGUAAAAGGAACCACUGACAUUACGUUCGUUGACCCUGUGGUCAUUGGCCGGAAUGCUUUCAGUUUUAUUAAUGACAUUGUGAGUGGAGUCGCAGGAUACAUCCAGGGUGCUCUCUGUACAUUCAUGGAUGUAAUACUGGACACAUUAGAAGAUUUCCAGCAGGCUGUGGGAUUCAGUCCCAUGUCAGUUCUGAAGACGACAGCAGAAAUCACCAAAGAACAGAUUAACAUGCUCGUGAGCUACGUCUCCUCAAUGCUGCUCGGUGAUGAAGGGAUUGUGUCUGAAGUGUCCAUCGACCCCAUGAAAGUUGUCGAAGACGCUGUGUUGGAGUUCACAGACAAGAAAGAUUUGUUCGUGGCUUACAUGUCAAGCAUGCUUGUUGGUGAUCAAGAUAAGAGAGAGAUGACACAGGUUGAUCAUACAGUUGCAGAGAUAAUGCACGCUGCCAAAGAUGAAGCUGCUCCUGCACAGUUAGGUGGAGACUCAAAGACUGAGGAGGAGGAGGAGGAGGAGGAGGAGGAGGAGGCUGAAGUUCCCACUGAUGCAGCCACUGAGACAGAUGUGCACGAGGAAGAGGACGAUGAUGGUAUUUCACAUGGUCUUUUUAAAUAG